UUCAUUGCACUUUACUGUUGUAUAAUCUUGUUCUUUGCUCAUAAGGAACUGUUUGUUUCUUCUUUAGGUGUGUCUGGUGUUGAUAAAGAUGAAGCGUCAGUGAUGGAAGGAGAUUCGGUCACUUUACACACUGGUGUUAAAACAAACCAACAAGAAAAAAUUAAAUGGUAUUUUAAUGACAUUCGAAUAGCUCAAAUCAGUGUAGACCAGAGUAAGAUCUGUACAGAUGUUCAGUGUAAUGAAGGUACUGAGAGAUUCAGAGGCAGGUUGAAGCUGGACAAGCAGACUGGAUCUCUGACCAUCACAAACAUCAGGACCUUAGAUGCUGGACUUUACAAACUACAGAUCAUCAACAGCAGAAGCAGUAUUGUGAAGAGAUUAAGUUUUACGGUCGCUAGUGAGUAUAAUUUAGUGUUGAUGCUCAUUAAAUCUCAAAUCAAUGGAGAUCUCAGUAAGGUCUGUACAGAUGACCAGUGUAAUGAAGACUCUGGACUCUAUCAACUAGAGAUCAUCAGCGACAGAAUCAGCGUCGUGAAGAGAUUCAGUGUCGUUGUUCAAGAAAAAAAACGAAUAACGAAUCAUUCGAUGGUGUGGUAUUUUAAUGACUCUCUCAUCGCUAAAAUCAUUGAAGAUUCAAGUGAAAUCUGUGCAGAUGUUCAGUGUAAAGAGAGAUUCAGAGACAGACUGAAGCUGGAUCAUCAGAAUGGAUCUCUGACCAUCACAAACACCAGAACCACAGACUCUGGACUUUAUAAACUACAGAUCAACAGGAUCAGAUUCAGCAUUAUUAGGAGCUUCAUUGUUUCCGUCAUUGGUGUGUAUCAUUUAAUGACUUAA